GGCCCUACAGCCCGAGCCGCGGGACCUGCUGCGCAGGUAAUGGCCUGCGCCCUGCUGCUGCUUCUGGCCUGUGGCUUGCUGGGUCAGUGCCAGCAGGAGCCCCAGACCCCGGACUGGAGGAUGACCCUCAAGACCAUCCGGAACGGGGUGCACAAGAUAGACAUGUACCUGAACGCGGCUCUGGAUCUCCUGGGAGGAGAGGACGGCCUGUGUCUGUAUAAAUGCAGCGACGGGUUGAAGCCUCUUCCACGUUAUGGGUAUAAGCUUUCACCACCGAAUGGAUGCGGAUCGCCGCUAUUUGGAGUUCAUUUUGACAUUGGUAUCCCUUCGAUGACAAAGUGCUGUAAUCAACAUGACAGAUGCUAUGAUACCUGUGGCAAUAGAAAAAAUGAUUGUGAUGAACAGUUUCAGUAUUGUCUCUCCAAGAUCUGCAGGGAAGUACAGAAAACAUUAGGAAUAUCAGAGAGUGUACAGGGGCAAAUCCAGGUGGAUAGUGGGCCUGAUUUAAAUACCAAAGGUGGAGACCAAAACGUCACAGAAACAGAUGCCUUUGAGAGAAGCCAACCAUUUGAUCCAGCAGCACAAUACAAAAUGAACCACAGGCGAAGAGGGGUUGCUUUAAUCUUCAAUCAUGAGCAGUUUUACUGGCACUUAACACUGCCAGAUAGACGUGGCACACUUGCAGACAGAGACAAUCUGAAACGCAGUUUGACAGAGCUUGGAUUUGAAGUCAGAUGCUUUGAUGACCUUAAAGCAGAAGAGGUGAUGCGGAACAUUUAUGAAGUGUCAACGGACAACCACAGUGAUGCUGACUGCUUUGUGUGUGUGUUCCUGAGCCAUGGUGAAGAUAAUCACGUUUACGCCUAUGAUGCUAAAAUAAAAGUUCAGACAGUGACAAACAUGUUCAAAGGAGACAAAUGCCCGAGUCUAGUAGGAAAGCCUAAAAUAUUUAUAAUUCAGGCAUGUCGAGGAGAUCAACACGAUGACCCAGUCAUUGUUUACGAUGCAGUGGACAGUAUUGUAGACAAGUCCAAUGUCAAUGAAACUGAAGUGGAUGCUGCGGCUAUAUAUACUUUACCUGCUGGUGCAGACUUUCUAAUGUGCUACUCGGUUGCAGAAGGUUACUAUUCUCAUCGUGAAACUCUAAAUGGCACCUGGUAUAUUCAAGACUUGUGUGAGAUGAUAAGAAAGUAUGGUUCUUCCUUGGAAUUCACAGAACUUCUCACUCUGGUUAACAGGAAAGUAUCUCUUCGCAGAGUGGAUAUGUGCAGAGACAUGAAUGCAAUAGGAAAGAAGCAGAUUCCUUGUUUUGCCUCAAUGCUGACUAAAAAAUUGCACUUCACUCAAAAAUCAAAGUAGAUAUGCCCAUCUGUGAGAAUGGCAUCUUAUUCAGAUUCACUCCAAAAAUGGAAAAUAUCUUCAUCACUUAAGCUUGUAGUCUAGAAGAUCACUGAGUGAAGGGCUUGUUCUCUUGUUCAGUAGUUUAUAACAUGAUUUUCAAUGUAGCUAGAGAACUGCACAGUUAUUCACAUCAUGCAUUUUCCUUAACAGGACUAUUUUCAAAAAUGCUGGGAUCAAAUUUCAGGAGCCAUAAUUUAAAUACUUUUAUAAAACCUUUCUAUAUUAGAAAUUAUUGCUUUGUUAUAAUAAAUCAGCAUUGCAGCAACAGCAGUCUCAGGGAAUUUUGGGAGAAAUAAUUGUAACACUGAUUUCUGUGUAAUAAAAAUUGCAAGGUGCUCAGAUCCCAUGGUAAUGAGGGUCAUAUAUGUCCUAAGAAAGAAAACACUUUUUAACCAAUUUUUUAAUAUGUUCUGACUUGCACUUGAAUGACACCUUGUCUACUUUCUAACUGCAUUCUAGCAUUUUGUAACUUUUUUUCACAAAUUUUUAAAACUGCAUUAGAAUAUAAAAGCUUUUUUUCUUUGCACUGACAUUAAUUUAUGAGGAGUACAACUAAGGUAUGUUUGUAAUUUUUCUGUAUCUUAAAAAUAUUUAACACCUACAACGCAUUAAAAAUGUGCAAUGUGUGUUUCACUAGA